UUCCCAGGCGGCUCCGGGGCACGCGGCCGCCAGCGCCGCCUGCCGCUGCGAGGGGCUGCCGGGACUCGCAGUACAGGGGCGGAAAGAAGAUGGCGUCCCGGAUCCAUGUGGUGCUGCGGCCCGUGAAGAGUAUCGUAGUCCGCUUCUGCCCCUUCGAGUCCAACGUGGAAAGCACCAGAAAAUUUCUUGAAUGUAUAAGCCAUAAAAGAAUCCAAGCCACUAACAGGAACUGUGAAGUGUCUGCAGAUGUGAGACACGACAGAUCUGAACCACUUGUAGACGUUAUGUUUGCUGAUGGAGAGCGACUGAUAAUGAAAGGAGCCAACCUGACAACAGUUGAAAUGUUAACAGCUUUGGGGUCCAGAUGUAACGCAAAAGAGCUUAAGGCAGAACAGAAAAGCAAGAAGAAUCCCUGAAGAACAGAACAACUGUGUUUGCAUUUGCGUCUGCUAAAACGGGGCUGCAAAGAGAGGUUUUCUCCAAUGUAACAAAUUCUGAGAGAGAUGGCAGAAACACUGACUGGUUUAAUGUAGAGCAGAAUCAACUAUUGAAGUUCUCCGCUGUCUUCCCUGAAAGGAAAACACAGUGGAUCGACAAAUUGUGUGACAGAAGUGGAUCGGAAUGGCUUAAGAUGCCUGAGUGCAGCAGCCUCUGUUAUCUGCGUGUUGGACUGAUGUCACGUGUAUUUGCAUAUAAAUAUGAAUUCUGCACAUUAAUUAUUAAAUUAAUAAAUAUUAAAGUGAA